AUGGCUUUCUUCAGGCGAACAAAGAUGCUACUCCUACUCUCUAACAUUGGCAUUGUAUUGGGUGUUGGGGUGUUCAUGGCCGGCUAUUUCAGUCCUCCUCCAAAGCUGGAAUUCGAUAAUAUCCUCGAACAUGCAAGAUUGGAGAAAGCCAGAGUCGAGAAAUAUUAUCCACAGCCAUCUCCACCCUUUGACAAUAUCAUCUUUAUGGUUAUUGAUGCGCUACGCAGUGACUUUGUUUAUGGAGAGGACUCGGGCUUCAGCUUUACACAGAGUCUCAUAAAAUCCGGGUCCGCAAUCCCGUUCACUGCUCUUGCUGCCCCGCCUACUCUAACACUGUCGAGGAUCAAAGCCAUGACGCAGGGGAGUGGACAAUCUUUCCUCGACGCGUGGCUUAACGUCAUGCAUUCCGCUGAUGCAAGACGCCUUGUGGGAGAGGAUACCUGGUUGUCUCGCCUCAAGUCUGAACGUGCGCCGGAAAAGAAGAUGGUGUACCACGGCAUCGAUAUGUGGUGCAUGCUGUACCCGGAGAUAUGGGACCGCUAUGAGACGGUUAACUCGUUUUAUCUACCUAACUUCAGGGAGGUCGACAGCAAUGUUACGCGGGGAUUAACAUCAGAACUCGACAGAGAUGACUACAAGGGCUUGAUUCUGCACUACCUCGGUCUCGAUAAUGCAGCUCACUUUGGAGGUGCUAAAAGCUCAAUCGUGAGAGCAAAGCAAGUCGAAAUGGACAACGUAGUCCGCCAGAUAUACUUUGCCUUAGAGCGGCUGCCCAUUCACGAAAAUACUCUAUUCGUGCUAACCGGCGACCACGGGAUGACGGAAAAUGGCAACCACGGCGGUGAUACAGCCGCAGAAAUUGCUUCUGCGCUGGUCUUCAUUUCGCCGAAAUUCAGAUCACUGGAAAAGGCACUGCCGGUUCCUCCUCCGUACAUUUCGAAGUAUACUUAUUAUUCUGUUGUUGACCAGGUUGACAUUGUACCGACGCUCGCGGGACUCCUAGGAUUCUCAAUUCCCGCGGGAAGUGUGGGUAUUUAUAUCGAUGAGCUACUGGCAAUUUUCCCCAAGGGGGACCAGCAAAUGAGUAUCUUAAUACGAAAUGCUCAGCAAAUGAUCAGCCUUUUGAGUCUGAAAUACAACCUGAAAACACCGGUGGAUCUGGUUCUGUGUGACUCUGUCUGCCUUUGCGGUCCGGACAGAGUGCGCCGUGUUCUGUGUCUAUGGGAGAAGUUCAAUUCCAGAGACCCUGUGCCAGCACGGAGUAGGGAUCCCGAUAUGCAUGAUGAUAUGCUGUUGAUAAAAGAAAUCUGCGCUGAGGCCCAGCAAAUUCUUGGUGUGCCGCAUAAUAAUCUCGACUUAUCCCACAUGACCACAGGUAUAGCACUGCUAUCUGUUGUGGUCAUGCUUCUGCUAUCAAAAGUGUUUUCUGACCAACAUAAGCCCGAUGACUCAGGUGGACUAAUUGCAGGAGUCUUCGCCCUUCUUCACGGUACAACAAUGUUCUCUAGCCGCUUAGUGGCUGAAGAACACCACUUCUGGUAUUGGAUGUCACUUGCAUGGCUUGUUCACUUAGCAUUCCAACGAUCAGCUUCAGGAAAAUUCAAAAUGAGCGGCUUGUUUAUUGCUGUCCUACAAAUUGCUGGACAGAGCUUGAACCCGGCCGGGGAAACGCCCUGGGGAACUGGGAAGAUUUUGCAUGACAUCCUCGAUAACAACCCAGCGUGGCUGUGGGCUCUAGCAGCAGGCGCACAUGUGGUGGCCGCAAGAAAGCUUUCCGAAAGUAUCAGCGUGGCCCUUGGUAUAGACAAGUUUGCAUCAACACUCAGUGCGUGCUUCGUGUGCGCCUUAACGGUGCUUUUCAAAAUGAGCUCAACACAUAAUUCCAACCCGGAGCUCCUGGAAUUUCUACCUCCGUGGCUCCAGUCAACCUUCACCAAUGACGUUGGAUACCUAGCCCUCUGGACGUUGUGGAGCGGGCUAUUGGCUCUAUGGAUCUUCUUACUUGCCCAGCGCGUGAAUAACCAUUCUAAACCAGCCAUACUUGCCGCCAUGGUCGAAGUCGCCAAUGUUUAUCUCCGCACCCAAGCCCGACCAAAAACUCUCAUCCUCUUCCUGAUCUUCGACCUGCAAAUGCACUGGCUCGUGCCCAACUUCUCAACUGACCACGCAAACCCCUCCAAAAUAUCCCUCACCGUCCUCCUCCUCGCGCAAAGCGCCUUCUUCUCCGGCGGACGCAACAACUCCUUUGCCUCAUUGGAUAUGAUGAACGGAUACAACGGCAUCUCAAACGCAGAGAGUACGUUAAAUAUCACACUCGUCACACUGCAAACAAUCCUCAGCAACUGGAUCGGACCUGUCUGGUGGUCCCUUGCUGGGUUGCGGCUUCUGAGUGCGACAACGGAUUCGAAAAUUCGAGUCUCUAGCUUUCUAAGUUAUGCCACUUACCAAACAUUGUUUUCUGUGAUUAGUGCUCUUGCCAUUAUGGCAUCGUGUAUUUGGUGGCGCGAUGAUGCCAUGCUGUGGACGGUUCUCGCGCCUAAAUAUGUCAAUGUUGCGCUCUGGGUGGUGUUUCAUCAGACACUUGUUAAUGGGGUUCUGUGUUCGGGAUUAUGGUUUGGGGUUGCAAUGUAG